AUGUCUCUCAAGCCCAUCACAGUUUACGGCCAUGGCCCCGGCCCCAAUCCCUGGAAGGUGAUCAUGGUCCUAGAGGAGCUAAACAUUCCAUACACCCACGAGAUCGUCGAUUUCCCAGACAUGAAGAAAGAGCCAUUUGAAUCAAUCAACCCCAACGGCCGUGUUCCCGCAAUCAAAGACCCCAACACCGACAUCACACUCUGGGAAUCCGGUGCGAUUGUCGAAUAUCUGGUUGAGACAUACGACAAACAAAACACAAUCAGCUUUGCGACUGGUUCCAAGGACUACUACCUCGCCAAGCAAUGGCUGCAUUUCCAGGUGUCCGGCCAAGGCCCCUACUUCGGACAGGCGGUUUGGUUCACCCGAUUCCACUCCGAGAAGAUCCAGAGUGCGAUCGACCGCUAUGUCAAUGAAAUCCGUCGUGUGACAAGCGUGCUUGAACGCGCCCUCCAGGGCAAGCAGUACCUUGUUGGCGAUAAGUUCUCCUUCGUCGAUGCCGCUUUCGUCCCCUGGUAUCUUAUUGCCCCUUCUGUGUCCGGGAUCGAUAUGGAAAAGGAGUUCCCCAACACUGCGGCUUGGCUGAAGCGUGUGCAGGACCGCCCUGCCAUUGCUAAGUCGGUCCAAGAUCGGGCUGAGGCUAUUGCGAAGCACUGA